CACAUUGCUCGGGCGGCGAUAAGAUAAGCAGCCCUGACUCGCUCAAGCAUGUGUGUGGUAUGUGUUUGUGGACGCGUUUUCCCCUUGUGGUGCGGCCCGGAAGUGGGCAAGGGCGUAUUGUCGGGGGCCGAUGUUUGACGAGGCGGCGCGCAGAGUAAACAGAUCAGGUGCUAAGGUUGCUGCUGAUGGGCCAAAACCGACCGACUAGCAAAUGGCAUGAUUGUUUGCUCAGCCAGGGUUGCGGACGAGCGGCGGGUUCACACCAUGUUUUUUUUUUACGUCCUACCUUGACGACGAGUACUUCGGCCGGCGAGCUCCGAAGAGCUCCCGGUAAUUAGCAUCUGAAGGGGCACCGAAAAGGGCCCCCUUCGAUGUAUAGCCCUGAGCCGGACAGUCGGAUGUGGGAGAGACCGUGUGGCGUGUGAUCGCCGUCUCGCUCCUGACAGUCGGGACACUGCGGCAGGCGAAGACGACAUUCGCCAUUUAGCGAGCUACAUGUACAACAAUAUGCAGCCACCACCACGCAGUCGGUCACGGAGCUGUGUUAACAGCCCGUGUCCAUAUCGAUGUGCUUUUCAAUGACGUUAGUUUUGCUCGUCGAACAACAACAACAAAAAAAAGAGAGUAACACACCAAGCGACGAAACCCAACCACCAUUUAGAUAAGGCACCCAGAGCACACCCAGGGCCCCGGUACUUUCGAUAAACAUGAAAUUAAACAUACUGAACCCUUCUCUCCACCACACUACCGUACUGUUUCCCCGCUCCGGGCCCAUAAUCAACGCGUCUGUAUCAACGCGUACGUGCAGUCAGUGCGUAUUCUGCCAUGCUCGUUUGUGUGUUUGUGUGUGUGUGUGUGUGUGUGUGGGUUUUGGUGGAAAACAAACAAUCGCUAAAGAGUGUGCGUGUGUGUGGAAGCACCCUUUUUGGGGUGCGGUACUACCCCGCUACCGUUCUUGUAGGGGCGAUGACACAACAACAACCUGCCUUGUUGUUUGGUUGCUGCCCCGAGUGCGAGAGCCAUUUUGUGUCAAGGUUUUUAGCGGGUUUCAUUUCUGUGUGUCAUGUGUGUGUGUGUGUAUGUGUGUAUGUGGAGUGUUCAUUUCUCGUAUAUCACUGCAUGCGUGUGGUGACUGGUGUGGGUCCCAGGGUGGGUGUUUGCCUACCUGUGCUCUACACACUGGCACCGUUAUCAGCGCUGCGCUGUCCGAUAACGGGGCAGAGGUAGCCAACUUAUCUGCAGCUUUUCGAAGAAAUUAAUUUCUUCCCAAUGAACCGAAAAACUAAAAUCGAAACCUAUGCAAACACAAGUGUAUUCUGACAUUUAUGUUGUUGGCAUAGAAACGGUGAGACAACCCUGUAGCCACCUGGAAUGAAAUUUAAGACUCAUACAUUAAAUCAAUAGACACACACACACACACACACACACACACACACACACACACACACACACACACACACACACACACCCAUUUCCAAUUAUUGGGGGACUGCUUCACAAUACUAGCCAGUCUUUCUAGAUGUAGUUUGACAGUCGACGGCUGAAAUCGUGUCAACACUACACCACAAAUCCACACGCGAAACCAUAGGCUCCGAUUUCCAGCCUAGAUUAUUUCAGCAUUGAAAACAAUGCAAUCAAACGCCGAUGAAUGCUGAAUAUUGGGGCCUUUCACGAUACUAGACGCCUUUUUUAUAUGGAGUUGGAGUUGGACAGUUGGCGGCUGAAAUCAUGUCAACAUUCCACAAAAAAAACUGCACACAAACCAAGUCUGCGAUUUUCAGCCUAGAUUAUUUCAGCCGCAAAGCUAGAAUUAUAUUCGAGUAUUUCCUGGAAAAAAUGGCAAACCAAGGUCGUGUUUUCAUUUAUCCCAAGAUGCAUUAAAGAGAUCAGAGUGUCAUUCAAAUUGGGCCAUAAAAAAUAGGCUAUGUGACUAACUGGUCUGCAUACACUUUGGAAAUUUGUAUGUCUCCCACAAUGUCGCCCAGCAGAAGCGAUAUAUAUCAACCUUCUAGAUAUAUACACCUUGGGAUACGUCCACCUGUAUAUUAUACAAAGUGUAGUAGCUGCUCGAAAACUGCUAUACAAUGCAAACAGCUGACAUGAUAAAAUGUCAGCUUUCUGGCUUAAAACUUCCAAAGGAUCAUUGUUGGGAACUCAUUUUGAAGCAGCAUUUUACUAACUGCUUAAUGUAUUUCCGCACGUAGGCUCCAAUUUCACGCGUAUUUUGCGCAUGUUAUUUGAUGCUAAAUCCAUUUCUACCGUGGCUGACAUUCAAUGUCGGACAACAAUUUGUCUGCUAGAUCAACGCAUUCUAAGAAAUGAUGUAUGUGCAUACGUUUGGUUCUUCUUCUUGGGACAUUUGUUUGAAAUACCCUCUUCACAAGUUCACCAAAAUGGUCCGUAUUAAUAGAAUUACUUCACUUAUUUUUAUGUUGGAAACCUCUUAAAUUGGCUUAGACGUAACUAUUUUUUCCGUCACGUGUAUGCCUAAGCAGAAAUUAUCCAUUACAAAAAAAUUUGAACCGUUUAAGUGGGUCUGGUACGCUCGGCCAAUUAAUUAUCUCCAAUCGUUUUUAGUUUUGACGUAUAAAGUCGGCAAAAACUCAUCACAUUUGACACUAUAAAGAUAUUCGAUGCUUCGGUUGGAGAUUAUCGAUCAAAUGGUGUGUUCGCAAAUAGUACACGAAGCAACAAUUGGUCAACACAAAUUAGUCCGAUGCCGCUCUGUUUCGUCAGUUCCUUUAGACUCUGUAUUUAGCUGGGUUUUUUUUUUUCGUUUACGCUUGCAGUAGGCUACAUACUUUACGCAAGUGCACGCGGUCAUAGCAAUUGUACCACGUAGACGCGCACUGCGCAUGGAUGCCAUACGUGCGGCGAAUUAAUUUGAAUUUGACCCAUAUGGUCAGCUGAUGGAAGUGGGUAUCAUCGGCACCACUAGCCGCCAACACUUUUAAUAAGCCCCCCCCCCCCCCCCCCCACCCCAUGAGUAUCAACUUACCCAACACAGUUGGCAUCCCGAUUGGGCGAUUUGCCAUGCCUGGCGCGCACACACGGUAAGCCCGUCCCUCGGCCGCCCUCUGCCGAUUCGGAAGGAAAGUUCGCCGUAUUUCGCUCGCCACGCGGGAUCGAGUUCCCGCGGGGAGCGAAAGAUAACGUGCGCGCUUGUGUGUGUGUGUGUGUGUAUGUUGUUUUUUUAUCACAUUCUUCGCACCGUACCAGCGCGUUAUCAGCGUUAGGGGGGGAACUCGCGGGCCCAGCUCAUCGGGUGCAGAAGGAAUCCGCGGAUGCGCUCGCCGCGCGACAGGUUGACAAAUCACCGGGAACGUUGCUGCCCUGUGGUCGUGUGUACGGACGGAGGAGAUAUCCUCUUUCGCUUUACCGAGGGACACAGUGUGUGAAGAUUUUUGGAGCUGCCGUUUGGCACAACACAGCAAAGAAGAAAAGAAACAAUAGCAUCGGCUUGUAUAAGGGCGUGGUGCGUGCUGCCGCAGACGCACCGUCAACAAUCAACCUUCGACGGCGACGACGACGUCUCUGUGGUGCUUUAAGUGACGCUUGGUAGAGGGGUGCUAUCAUCAACCCCCUGACCCCACCACCACCAACCAUCCCCUCAUCCGUGUGCGAUGAGUCACGCCCUGUCGAUGCGGGUUCGAUCUCUCUUGGCAGCGUUGUUGUUCCAGGCAGCAGCGUAAGGGCCGUAAUUACAAAUUGGUCCCGCCGGCUCGCCCUAAUUGAAGGUGGCCCAGCUAGUGGCUGGCCUGUACGACACGGUAGCGAGUAACCCUGCCCCACUUGGGGCCGCUAGUGUUGUCUGCACGCUCAAAUAAAGCACACCACGCGUCGUUUCAGCCCCGAAAUCGCGCAAUAGUUUGCCCCCCAAAAAGAAGAAUCCCCAAGAAGAAGAAGAAGAAAACAGUGUGAAGCAAGUGUAUCUGUGUGUGUGUGUGUUUUGGUCAUAAUAAACCCCGGAGGGAAGGAUGUUUUCGGUCAAGUUUAAAGUGAAGGACGGUGGGAAGGGCGGCCCGGGCCGGAAGGGACCGGGCCGGCCACUGUCCCGCCGGUCGUCCGGUGCGUCCUCGUUCCGGUCGAGCGGCACCAGCGGGUCGCUCCCGCCCGCCAGCAUCCUGUCGAGCGGGAAGAAGAAGGGCGGCCGGAAGGACGACAAGCGGCGCAUCCGCAUCAUCACCGCCGUCAAGGAUGGGCGGACGGGGCCGGCGGGUAAGGGCGGCGGUGGCGGCGGUGGCACUUUCGCCCUGUCGUCGUCAUCGUCGCCGAUGUUUGGGAAGCGGAAAGUCUACGACGACACGCUCGACACGUACACCGCGCUGAAGGAGGAACGGCUGGAGAUACACAUCGAGCGUACGUCCGCCGGGCUCGGGCUGAGCAUUGCCGGUGGGCGCGGUUCCACCCCGUUCAAGGGCGACGACGAGGGCAUCUUUAUCUCACGCGUCACCGAGCGGGGCCCGGCGGACCUGGCCGGCUUGAAGGUCGGCGAUAAGGUGCUGAAGGUGAACGGUAUCUCCGUGGAGGACGCGGACCAUUACGAUGCGGUCGAGGUGUUGAAGGCGUGCGGCUCCGUGCUGAUACUGUACAUUGCCCGCGAGGUGACGCGCCUGAUCGGCCAUCCGGUGUUCGACGAUACGGGCUCGGUCGCGCAGAUCAGCGUGUCCGACCAGGACGCGCUGAAGCCGCCGCCCCUGGUGGGCGCACCGCUGGGGCUGCCGACCGUGGACGGUGCGGGCGUACCACCGUACAUGGGCGCCCUCUCCCCCAACACGGUCGGUUUGCCGAACGGUGGUGCUGGUGGUGGUGUUGGUGGUGGCGCCCUGGACAUGCCGAACGGGAACGAAAUCACGCAAAAGAUCAUCCUGCACACGACGCUGAUCCGGGACCAGAUCGGCCAGGGGCUAGGUUUCAGCAUUGCCGGCGGCAAGGGCCACGCACCGUUCAAGGACGGCUCCGAGGGCAUCUACAUCUCCCGGCUGACCGAGAACGGGGUGGCGCACAAGGACGGCAAGAUAAUGGUGGGCGAUCGGGUGCUGGCGAUUAACGGAGUCGACAUCACGAACGCCCAUCACGAUUACGCGGUGCAGCUGCUGACCGAUCAUCAACGCUUCGUGCGCCUGGUGGUGCAGCGGGAAGUGAAGGGACCGCUGGAACCGCUGCACAGCCCCCGUAGUCCCGUCGUCGGUCCGAAUAGGCCUUCCGCCGCCGCUGCCGGCGCCUACCUGCCCAACCGGCUCGCCACUACCUACACCGGUUACCGGCGCACGGCCGAAGACGGUCAGGAGCAGGUUGCUGCCGCCCAGCAGGCCCACCAUCACCAACACCACCAGUCGCCCGACAGCGAACCGGCGGCGAAGGUGGUCGAGGAGCAGCAACAGCAGCAAAAGGUAACUGGCGGGGCUAAUGCACUUUCACCUAGCUCCUCAUUUGCACCGCACACGUCAUCCAACGCCCAGCAGCAGCAGCAGCAGCAGCAGCCUCCGCUGCCUGCACCGCGUACAGUAUUAAUGCAAAGCGUAAAUAACAAACACGGCACCGCUAACAUCAGUAGCUUGCCGGACGGCGGCACGAAAGGUAACGGCAAUGGCGUAAUAAUGCACACACAGCAGCAGCAGCACCAGGAGCAUCCGAUGGAAGCGCCCCCGGUGUCGGCCACGAAUAAUGGGGUGGUAGCGCACACGGCUGCCACUAGCGACGACCCGCAGGUUGCAGCGAGGCCCAUGACCAGCGCAGACUUUCAGGCCAUGAUACCGUCUCACUUUAUCAGCGGCGGCGGGCGGCAGGUAACCGUGGACAAGUCUGACCACGGCCCGUCGGUAACGGUGACGGUGCAGAAGGCCGUGCCGGACAUGCCGAUGUUGCCGCCGGCACCGACCGAGCUCGGCACCGUCACGGAAACGAUUACCAAGUCAACGUUCACUGAGACGGUAAUGACCCGGGUCACUGACAAUCGCUUGUUGGAACCACUAAUCAGCGAGGAGGUUAUCCUGCCGAAAGAUCAGGGUUCGCUGGGCUUCAGUAUUAUCGGUGGCACCGACCAUUCCUGCACCCCGUUCGGGGCAAACGAGCCGGGAAUAUUUAUAUCGCACAUCGUUGCCGGCGGAAUUGCGGCCCUCUCCGGUAAGCUGCGCAUGGGUGACCGCAUCCUGAAGGUGAACGGUACCGAUGUGACGCAGGCCACCCACCAGGAGGCGGUCAUGGAGCUGCUGCGACCGUGCGACGACAUCAAGCUUACCGUACAGCACGAUCCGCUGCCGGCCGGCUUUCAGCAUUUUGAAAUAGUUGCAUUAAACACUGAGGAGGUACACAUCGUCAAGCAGGACGGCGAACGGCUCGGCAUGCAUAUCAAGGGCGGGCUGAACGGGCAGCGCGGCAACCCGCUGGACAACGCGGACGAGGGCGUGUUCAUCUCCAAGAUCAACGCGAACGGGGCGGCCAAGCGCGACGGCCGGCUGCGCGUGGGCAUGCGCAUCCUGGAGGUGAACGGGCUGUCGCUGCUCGGCGCCUCCCACCAGGAGGCGGUCGAUGCGCUCCGCGCGUCCGGCAGCAAGCUGCACCUGGUCGUGUGCAAGGGCUACGAGAAGUCGGACCUGCUGCAUCUGGCCGGCAGUGCCGGUGGCAUGAGCACCGGGCUUAGCAACAACGGUGACAGUGCGCGAAUCGGGUCCCGCGCAUCCGAAACGGGAUCGGAGCUUAGCCAGAGCGUGUCCAGCCUCGAUCGGGACGAUUCGGUAAUAAUGGCCGAAGCGCACCGGAAGCUAAGCGUGGACAAGAUCGACGAGGAGACACUGCCCCCGCAGCCCGCGGUCCACGAUCACCAUCCGAUCGACCAGCCCGAACCACCUACCUCCCAAGCCCUUAUCAGUGUCAAUCCGAACGACCAGCAGGUGGCGAUCGGUCCGAAGGAGAAAAGCACCCCCGAGAAGGUACUGGAUAUCGUUCGUGCCGCCGAAUCGCUAGCGCUCGGCAGCCAGCUAGUCGAGAACGGGCCGCCCAAGUCGCCGACCGAGGUGGCGUCCGAACCGCUGCAGAAAACGACCACUAUCGUGAUGUCCAAGCACACCCUCGAUACCCAGGCACCUCAGGUCGAGCGCCGCUUCGGAAGCGUCCGGUCGUUGUCGCAUGCGAACGAACCUCCCAUCUCCUCAAUUAACUCCUCCACCGCCACGGUAGCGACGAACCCCGCUACCACCGAUACUAACUACCACCACCCCCCGAAGGGUGACCAGAAGAUUGUGCGACCCCACCGACCACCGCCGCCGCCGCCACCGCCACUGGCAGCAGCAUCCACCCACACCACCGCCACCACUACCACCACCAUCCCAUCACCGUCCGCUGGGGCGUAUCUGGACCGUCCGCCGAGCACGAAACCACCGCCUCCACCGCCGAAGGUGGAACCGGGCAGCUCCUCGUCCACCACCACCACCACCGCCACCUCGCACCGCAAAUCAGUUAGCUUCGAUCUGCACGAAGAUGCGCACGGGUUCGAUACGGCGCUCCAUCAUGCGCGGGCCGCCUUCGCGGGUCCCUCGCCGACGCCCGACCUGAAGGGCAUUUUGCGCGCGAGCAGCCCCUCCAAUCGCAGCAGCAGCUCGACGCCGGAAGGUGUGCAGCAGGUGCAGCCGACGGUGGCAAACUUGGAUAGCGAUCCGGACACCGAUUCCGACACCGGCACCGAAUCCGAUACCGAUUCCGAUGCGUCCGGUGAUUCGCACGAGCUGCUGCCGGCGGCACCCGGCGGCCAGCUAGCAAGGGAGCAGCCGCCCGCCAGCAAUCCGAUCCGCAGGGCGGAGGUGGUGCGCAACCAGGCCGCUCGCAAGCUGCAGGAAGAGUUCGGGCAGGGCGAUCUGGUCGAGUACGAGCACGACACGGCGACGAACACGAUCCGGGAGGUGUCGGUAGGGCCCGGCCCGGCAGCCCGCGGUCGGCCCGAGCGCGUCGAGAUGCUGCCGGCGAAGUUCGAAACGCUGCCGGUGAAGCGGACGGCCCAGUUCGUGCACGAAAACACGCCGAACAAUCUGCUGGUGCCGGACGAGGUCCAUCGCCAGGUACUGCUGGAGGAGAACGAGGUGCGCAACAAGCUGCUGGCACAGUACGCCCACGAACAGCAGCAGCAGCAGCAGCAGCAGCAGCAACAUCACCACCAUCACCAGCAGCAGCACAUGUACACCAUGCACCAUCACCACCACACGGGCGAGCUGUUGGGCCGGGUGCCUUCGCCGUACCACCUGUACGAUUCCGGAACCGCGUCCGUGUCGCCCCUGCCGUCCCACUACAUCCCGGGCAGCAGCAGCAGCAGCGUGUACGAUCAUCACCAGCAUCUGGGCAAGCUGGGCGGUCCACUGUCACCACCGCCGCCGCUACCAUCCACAGCACCACCGUCCGACGUUGGCUACCACCACCACCAUCUGCCGCAGAUCUACCCGCCCGUCCAGAUCCUGCCCGUGCACUACACCAAGCUGCCGACACCGCAGCACACCAUCUACACGUACGCGUCCGGCUCGGUGCCGGUCAGCCACGCGCCGAUCGUCUCGCUCGCGGCGAGCACCAGCAGCCAACCGGUCCCGUACUCCUCGCCCUACCACCUACCACCGUACGCCGGCACCAGCGCCGGCCCGACCUACCUUUCCACUGCCCACCCGUCCAGCAGCAUCGCCGCCGGUCCCACCCACCCCCACCACCAGGUGCUGAUGCCGUCGCCGCCUCUAGGUCCGAAGACACCGAAGAGCGUGUCCGACAAGAAGCGAUUCUUCGAGAACGCCAUGGAAGAUCAGCAGAAACCGACGCCCAAAUCAGAAAAAGUCUUCUCUUUCCUAUCGCAAGACGAGGUAGAAAAGCUGAGACAGGAGGAGGAGCGCAAGAUCGCGUCGCUCGGCAAGGACCGGGUGCACCAGCGGUUCGGCGACGAGGAGGACGAGGACGACGACAACCGGUCGGACGGUGGCGACCGGCCGCCCGGCGACAAGUCCGACAUCAACGACAAUAACAUGAGGGAGGAGUCGGCGACGGGUCGGACCGAGGAGGACGAGCAGGGCAGGGUGGCCGGCGGACUGCUGACGGCGGCAUCGCCGCUCGCGAAGACGCCGAUGAGCCGCAUCCCGAUACGGACCGUGAACGCGGAGAAGCGGGCCCGCGCCAGCAACUGCCUGCCGCCGGAGUACGACGAGUCCAAGCUGAGCCCGUCCGAGAUUCGUGCAUUAAGAGCCCAGAAGCGUGCCGCAUGGCGACAGGCUCGCCUAAAGUCGCUCGAAAACGAUGCGCUGCAGGCCCAGAUCAUGAUCCAGACGAUGGCGGCCGGACUCGGGCUGCACGAGGACUCGCUGCUGAACUCGAGCAGCGCCAGCGAAGGCGUCGACGGAAGCUUCUCGCGGAGCGCACUGGCGGCGAGCAAUGUUUCGCCGCUGCCGGCCGCACAGUCACCGUUACCAACGCCGCCCGCACCAUCGGCGGACAACAACGACGAGCACGAGCCGUCCGCCAACGGCGACGACGACGACGACGACGACGACGAUCACCACGAUGGACGGAGCAGCAGUGCGGACGAAGCAGGCGGUGCGGACGAUCGGCUGCAGCGGCGGUUUCCCCGGCUCGCGGUAAAGUCCCGACCGGGCAGCGAGAUCGUCGUGCGCGAGACGGAGAAGGUCGUGGAGGAGAAGGUGACGCGCCGGACCGAGGAGGCACCGGGCGGCGGCCUCCGCACGGUUGAGUACAUUGAGAAGGUCAUCGAAACCGAGGUGGAGACGAUGCGCGAAAAGAUUAUCAUGUUCGAGCUGGAAGAUUCGUCGUCCGCGGACAGCGAGCGGGACGGGGGCGGAAAGGUGGAGGCAAAGAACGGUAUGCCCACCGACCAGGCGGGCGGUACGGGCCGGUGGGUGGACGGGAGCGAGCCGGCAGUCCACCAGCCGGACCAGCCGGUGCAGCUGCAAACGAUCGUCGAGGUGAUCAAUCCGAUGCUGAGCGGGGACGGGCAGCCGAACGACAUUGCGAUCGGCCGGUACAGCGAUGUGGCGUACGGGGAGGAAGACUCGCUGGUGGUGGACGGUGUGGAGGACUCCACCGAUGCCACCACACCAGUCGAGUACGCCGGGCGGUACGCGUACGAGCACGGUGCGUACGAGUCGAUCAACGACAAGAUGAAGCACGUGCUGCGCGAGCUAAAGCAGAACGAGAAGGUGCGGCAGAACCUGUCGAAAAGCUUGACCGAGGAGGAAAUUUUGGCCCUGCAGGCGCAAGAGCUAGCGGAACAGGAGGAAGACGGGCUCGAGGAGGAAGAGGAGGAGGAGGAGGAGGAGGAGGACGUGCGGGAGCAGUACGAGGAGAAGACGGGCGCCAUCGGCACGGUGUUUAUGGUGCGCGAGCGACUGAUCAACGAUUUCUACACCCACCAGACCGAGCUGGCCCACGAGCAGCAGCAGCAGCAGCAGCGAAAGUACCACCAGCAGAAGCUGAUGGACGAUCCGGCCUCGUACCGGGACUGCGAGGUGAUCACGAACCCGAGCGCGGACCGGUUUUCGCCCACGUUCGACCACCAUUCCGGACCGGCGGGCCAGCUGUACCACCAGACGAUCCACUCGGAGAAGCUGCGCGCGGUGUUCGGCAGCGACGAUGGCGACGAGGACGACGACGACGACGACGAGUGCGAGGAGGAGCGGGCGGAGGAUCGGCGGAACGGUAACACGAUCGGGGGGGUGGUCGCACCGGCCACCGAACCGGCGACUGCUGCUGGUGUGGAGGAACAGGAGGAGGAGGAGGAGGACGAGGAAGAGGAUGACGUCAUCAUUGCGCCGUCGAGAGCGGUCGCAGCGACGGCAGCGGUAGAGCCGAGCAACGGGACGAGUAGCAACGCCAGCAGCGCAACUACCGCCACCACCACCACCACCACCACCACCGCCACCGCCGUCCCAUCGUCGACCGGCAACAACAAGCGCAAGAAGCGCAAGGGCAAAAAGAAGAAGUAGAACCCCAGGUAUGGGGAGAGGGCGAGCGAACGAUGAUUAUCUGUAUUCUUCCAGGAGUGUGUGCGCUCCAUCCUUAGCUAAUUGUGUAGAACGAUUUUAACGAAAACAAACGACGAACCCGGUAUAUUGCGUUAGGUUCCUCUUUUUUUGUAUUUUUUUUAUUUUUUUUAUUUUAUUUUAUUUUUUUUUUUUUGGUAAAACGACAGGAGUAAUCAAAAAAGGGGAGAGCAUUUAGUUCAUUUUAACUACUAAUCCCCCUUGUCGGGGGCUCUGCAGCAGCUCUUUUGGAAUACGUCACACAAACAGUCAAAUUCACCGCGAUGGUGUGGUGUGCAGGGCGGGAAAAGAAAUGAUAACAAUGUAAGGGCGCAGCUAAGGCUUACUAUAAUAAGUGUGUUUGUGUGUGUGUGUGAGUGCGCGCGCUUGAUAGGCAGCUUAUUUUUUCUCACUAUUUUUUUUACAAUUAUUAUAAUUCUUCUUCAAUGUCUAAUGAUGCAUUAACUUUUAGCUUAGACAGCUAGAGAAACCGAACGGUUUCCUUUUUUUUUAUUUUUUUAAGGAAGAAUAGUUUAACACAAACGCCCGAAUAGAUAAUAGAAAGAAAGGGAAGAAACGAGACUAUAAUACGUUAUGCACUUCACAUACACGCUACGGAUAUAUAUAUACUUUUCUUUAUUAUAUCAGUUGCAAUAAUUAUCAUCUAACGAAACGUCAUGCCUUCCCGCUUUCUUUCUGUUUACCCUCCUUCCCAGUAGCCCGUUUAUCUCCUAAUAUUUAUCGCGAGACGUGCGAAGGAGUGAGCUUGUUUUUGAAGCACAUGAUAGCUGUUUUAUUAUUAUUAUUACGUUUAGUUUGAUUUCUCGCUUCUUUCUUACCCUUUGUUUUCUAACCACGGAAAAGAAGUUCCACCGCAAAAAAACGCGUUUAUAAUCACUUCUUCUUUUUUUUUGUUUUAAUUAUUGCUUUACAAUUAAGGUUUAUUAUAUUUAGCAUUGUAGCAAACGUUCACAGUGAGCGCGCAGAUACGGCAUGGGAGCCUGGAAGUAGAAUGGGGAGGGGAGGGGGGGGGCGGGGGUGGUAAUGUUGGUCGUGCAAGAGAACACUUUGUGCGUGCAUUGAUUUUAUUAGUGAGUGGAGCGAGUGCCCUAGGAGGAUGGGGCGCGUACACUUAUUUUUCCGUUCGGAUUUCUAAACCUAUCAUCAGCAAGUGAGAGCAGCGCCAAACACAACAUUCCUGUUUUGGGGAGGGCAGGGGCUCAUGUUCUGACCGCCUUUUGCAGCAAGCAGCCUUGUGAAAAUGUUACGCAGUUUUCGUUGGAUGCCUGCACGACCAGUCCGCCCCGGCAUUUCCUCCGGCAAGGCCCUCCUCCAGCCGGGCCUGCGUUCGAGAUGCGCAAACCCCGUUCUUAUGGCAAUAUGUAAACGAAGCGAAAUAAAACAACUAUUUAACUCAAACGCGAGCAAUGUCUAA